AUCGAUAAACGUCAUCAAAUCGCGCCGAAGAGCGAACCAAACGAAAAAGUAUCAACAACAGCAGCAGCAGCAGCAGCGGCAGCGUUUUCCUGAACGAGUCUGGUAGGUGAGGUUAUGAGCAGUCCCAUGGCUGGCUCCACCGCCUCCAGUUCUAAAGACCGUCCUGCAUCCAGGACCAGCUUCAUCCCCGAGCUACAGAGCAUGAUGUUCGCUCUGGGAGAUGCUCGCAGGCCACUGCACGAGACAGCAGCUCUGGUGGAGGACAUUGUGCACACGCAGCUCAUUACCAUGCUGCAUCAGGCCUGCGAGGGGGCGUCUCUCCGUGGGUCGAGGGUCAUCUCAGUGGAAGACAUCUUGUUCCUGAUGAGGAGAGACAAGAGGAAGGUGGCACGGUUAUUAAAAUACCUCCAGUUUAGAGAUUACAAAUCCAAACUACUCAAAACUCUCGAGGAUGACGACAUGCAACAGGACACAAGUGGUGCAGGUGCUGCUGGUGGUGUUGCCGGCGGUAACCAGCGGAGGCAACGACUGGCCCAGGAUUUCCUGGUGUGGUUAGAUCAGACGGGCGAGCUCCUGUCAUUGGCCGAUCGACAGGAAGUAGACCCCGUCAAACAGGAGCGGAUGGAGCGUUUAGAGCGUCAGACUCGAGCUAUGGACCAGGCUCAGUACUCCGAGUUCAGCGAGAGUCGACAGCUGAGCUUCGCUAAGAAAGCGUCCAAGUUUCGAGACUGGUUGGACUGCAGCAGCCUGGAGCUGAAACCCAACAGCAUCGCCAUGGAGAUACUGUCCUACUUGGCCUAUGAGACGGUUGCCCAGAUUGUAGACUUGUCUCUGUUGGUGAAGCAGGAAAUGGCCGCGAAGACCAAUCCUAUCAGUCAUGUGAUCUCUGCCAGCUACAUCCAUUACAGCACAAACACCGAGGUAAAGAAGGAUCCAGACUCACCUGAGGCUACUCCUCCCUCUACUCCAGGCUCCUCCCACUCCGCUAAGCCCCUCCAACAAGGUAACGGCAGUCUGGACGGCCGAGCAAGACAGAGGAAACGCAAGAAGAGCUGUCCGGCUACUGUGGAACCUCCCAGCGGAGCCAUCCAGCCCUGUCACAUCAGAGAAGCUAUUAGAAGAUACAACUACAGACACACAAGUUCAUACUGGAGGAGUGGGAUGGCCUUCCUCGCCUGCUGAGGAUGCAACACACCUUUUCUUACACCUACCUGUACACACAAUUAUUAUUUUUUUUUGUCCAGUCAUUUUAAUAACUUUCAGUAAGCCUGUCCUGUUUUUUUCAACUAGCUUUGUAUCUGUAGUUUAUUUAUUUUUAUAUCGUCUUCUGUUGUGAAGCACUUUGUGACGACUGAUCCAGAAAGUUGCUUUAUAAAUAAAUUUUCCUUGCCAACAGUAUGACCAAUCAGAUUAUAACUCUUUCAGUGCAGACAA